GUUACACAAUCUGAAUUGUGUGGAAUAUUGUAGAGACUUCCUCCUCUGUUCCCAACAAAAAUGAACUCCAAGAACAUCCUAGAUUACACUCGAAUUCCAUAAGUUUCUGGGUUCAUCACCUAUAAAUAAUACCGAACUUCUUCUCCUUCAUCAUCAUCAAGAAUUGAAAGCAAAAAUUCAAGCUUUAUAAUAAUACAUCCAUCCUUUCUGCUUCUGUUUUCUUCAAUCGAAGUUCUCAAAUUGAGCUAAAAUGUCUCUGAUUCCAAGCUUCUUUGGUGGUCGUAGGAGCAACAUCUUCGACCCAUUUUCCCUCGAUGUAUGGGAUCCAUUCGAAGGCUUCCCAAUAGCAACCACAAUUGCUAAUCCCCCAUCCUCUGUUCGAGAAACCUCUGCUUUUGCAAAUGCAAGAAUCGAUUGGAAAGAAACCCCACAAGCCCACGUAUUCAAAGUAGACGUACCGGGGAUUAAGAAAGAGGAAGUGAAAGUUGAAGUUGAAGAAGGAGGGAUUUUGCAGAUUAGUGGUGAGAGGAGUAAAGAACAAGAGGAGAAGAACGAUCAAUGGCACCGUAUGGAGAGGAGUAGUGGGAAGUUUGUAAGGAGGUUCAGGUUGCCGGAGAAUGUGAAAAUGGGGGAAAUAAAAGCGGCGAUGGAGAAUGGAGUGCUUACUGUUACUGUUCCUAAAGAAGAAGAGAAGAAACCUGAGGUCAAAGCCAUUGAUAUCUCUGGUUAAAAAAAGUUGCAGAUCAAGUGUUUGAUAAAAGUCCUCUGUCAAUAAAUAAUGUAUGUUUGUUUUCUGAAGUGUAUGUGUUUGUUAUGUGUAAUUUGUCUUAAGGUUUGUGUAUGUAUUUCUACUUACAGUUGUAAUCAAGAAAUGUUGUGAGUGUUUAAUUAAUGAAUAAUUUCCUUUUUAACAUA